AUUGCUGUAUUUGACGAGUAUCUAGCGAGUUGUACAAAGAUUGCUUUGUAUAAUUUGCUUUUCUUAUAUUGUCAGUUGAUAGCGUACGGUUUAUUAAGGCUAAUUCACCAUGUUAUUUACCGUACUCGGAGUAAUUGCUCUCUUCCUGGGAAAAAGAAACAACAAUUCCACCGUCUCAGGUCAAGAUGAAAGAUUCGACCGUCAGGAAGGAUUGGUCACGGUAUCCUCCGUGACUAAAAGUGAUGGUCGAGAAAUCGGUGACUGGUGUAAAGAAUCAUCUUUGCAUCUUGAGGAACAGAUCAAUGUUCAGAUUGAGGAACCAUCACUGGAGGAACCUGUUGAUGGUCAGAGUGAAGAACAACCACCGGUAGAGCCCGACAGUGUUCCCGGUGAAGAACAACCACUGGUAGAGCCCGACAGUGUUCCCGGUGAAGAACAACCACUGGUAGAGCCUGACAGUGUUCACGGUGAAGAACAAUCACUGGUAGAGCCCGACAGUGUUCACGGUGAAGAAUUAUCACUGGUAGAGCCUGUCGAUGGUCACAGUGAGGACUUAGCCAGCUCCUCCAGCAGUAGUGAUGACUUCCCUCAAGACAUUUACUCAGCUGGAUCCAACUGUAGUAGUGAGCUCACAGCCAGCUCCUACAGCAGCUUCUUCUCUGCUGAGUCCGGCUGUGGUGAUGACCCCUCUACAGAUUUUCUGUCCGCUGAGUCCGGCUGUGGUGAUGACCACUCAACAGAUUUUCUGUCCGCUGAGUCCGGCUGUGGUGAAGACCCUUCUACAGAUUUUCUGUCAGCUGAGUCCGGCUGUGGUGAUGACCCACCUCCAAAUGUGGUCUCUGCUGAGCCAGGCUGUAGUCAUGAUGACCCACCAAAUGUGGUCUCUGCUGAGCCCGGCUGUAGUCAUGAUGACCCACCAAAUGUGGUCUCUGCUGAGCCCGGCUGUAGUCAUUACCCCCCUCGAAAUGUGGUCCCUGCUAAGCCCGGCUGUAGUCAUUACCCCCCUCCAAAUGUGGUCCCUGCUAAGCCUGGCUGUAAAGCUGUCGCUAAAGGUGCAACCUGUCAGACAAAGGGCGCUAUUUCACCUCAGCCAGAAGAGCUGAAGGACAAAGACAGACACAUUAUUGAGAUCAACUCAAAGUGCUAUAAAAUUGGUGCUAAGCUGGGCAAAGGAAGUUUUGGAACCGUUUUCGCAGGAACCCGUUUAGAAGAUGGCCUUCAGGUGGCAGUAAAAAUGGCUGACUUCAAGAUUAAGCGAUACAUCCAAGUUGAUGAUUUUGACCAGCCACUUCCAGCGGAGAUCGCCCUGCACUUUCUUGCCACUAAAGGCCCCAAGGCUAAACAAAUUGUUAAGCUUCUGGACUGGAAGGUGGAGGCUGAUCGUUACUUUCUAGUCCUAGAGCGGCCCAUACCCUGUGUGAACUUAGGGGAAUUUCUAAGACAACACAAAGGCAGAAUCCCAGAGAAGGUGUUAUGGAAAAUCAUGUUCCACACAACAAUUGCAGCUGACAUCUGCUGCAAACGUGGAGUGCUUCACCGCGAUAUCAAGCCUGAGAAUUUGCUGAUUAACACGCGGACCUAUGAAGUCAAACUGACUGACUUUGGCUGUGGUGAACGCCUUACUUUGAGCUUUUACACAGAAUUUUGGGGCACACCACAGUACUGCCCUCCCGAGUUUAAUAGCACUGGCUUAUACUACGGGGAGCCAGCGACAGUGUGGUCACUCGGGAUUCUUCAGUAUUUGCUAAUGUUCAAAAAAUUUCCAGACUACCGUGACCUCCAAAACUUGACUUUCAGUUAUUUAAAGCAAUAUGGAUGGUCAAAAGAAUGCAGUGAUUUCAUUAGCUGUUGUCUGCAGACUGACUACAGAUUUCGGUAUAAGCUGCAAACACUCCGUAUCCAUGGCUGGUUUAAGGUAAUGAAUACAUUUUGAAAAUUUUGUCAUCAGUCAAAUGAAUCUGUCAUGAGCUGAGUUUCCAUCCUAAUGUGAAGCACAUCUUUUCAAAGUACACUAAAUAUAUUUAUUUUGUAAUUAUAAAUGUGAAUUAUGAGCAAAUGAUUCCAUUAAGUUGGUAAAGCAGCUGAACUGUGGAAUUGGUAACCUCGUAGCCAACAGUAAACAAGGGAAGUAUAAUUGAGAAAUAUUCGCUACAUCAAAGUUAAUUUGACAAAUGUAUUUCCAUCAUAAACCCUUUUUUAAGAGUGCAAAAUGACCUCAAGUGAGCAUAAAAAUGUUUUGUGAAUUAAGGGAUUUUUAUUUAAACUUGUUUCUCAUGUGAUGCUUGAAAAGGUGCAUUAACACAGGCUGAUGGAAACCCAGCUAGUGACAGACGACAGUCUUGUUUUCUUAAAUGUCCUUUAUUUAAAUUGACAUUUAUUGCUUUUAUUUUAAUUAUAUGCUGUUUGUUUAUUGCAUUAAAGCUGUAAACCUGAUCACUGUUUUUGUUUCAGGCGGAGACCAAGCGGUAAUGAGGAGAGAUGUCCAUAUUUAAUAGGUGGAUCUAGCCAGUCUAACCACGCCACCAUAGUCCUUUAGCUAAAUACUACUUCAUCCAUUUCAACCUUAGAGAGAGAAAGCUGAGCAUAAUUUGGUUCUGCAUUGUUACAUCUCUCCUAUUUUUCAACAUUUAAACUGGCUCUAAUUAAAAUUCAUGUAAAUAAAGAAAUUAUAAUAAUAACUUAACAGUUUAGACCUUCAUAUAGUGUACACACAAUAGUGUACCUUUAAUAUCAGCUUUUGCACUAACUCUUACACUUCCACAUGCUAAAAUAAAAUGUAUAAUAAAA